GCCAGCAGGUCUCAAUCCCACGAAGGAGGAAGCGAUGACACUGGAAAGCAGGCAACGCCUUCCAAAAUUACAAACCGUAUGGCGUGGGACGCAAAGAGUUGCAACAUUUUGAUUGGGGAGGUGAUUGUUGUGAAACCUUUCCAAUACAAGAUGAAAACCAGUCAACGCGGAAAGGCGUGGCAGGAGGUUGCGGAAAACAUGCAGCAGAGGGGAUUUAGAGUCGACGCCCGUGCGGUAAGAGACAAAACGAAUCAACUGAAAAACCAAGUCAAAAUGCGAAACAGGCAAGAGAGAGCUGACAGUGGCAUUGCUAUUAAUGAAACUGAUGAAGAAAGGAGAAACAGACAGGCGAUAGAGGAAAUGAUACAAGAGGAGGAGGAUAUAGAGUUUGCUCCUAAAGCAAGGAAUGAUGAAGAGAAGAAGAAAGAAGCUGGAGCUGAGCUGAGGAAACGAGCUUGUGAGACGUUUGGAGAAACAAGAAAGAGACACCAAGGUGAAUGGAGCACGGGAUUACGGUCUCAAAGGAACACAGGCCGAUGUACCCUAUCAUUGCUGGAACGGAAAAUGGAGAUGGACCGAGCAUUGAAAAGGGAGGAGAUGGAGAGGAGACUUCAGGAUGAAAACAGAAGACGGGAGGAAGAAGCAGAAAGGAGACGAGAGGAAGAAGCUAAACGGAAAGAAGAAGAGGAGAAACGUGACAGACAAUUUCAAGCAAUGCAACAGCAAAUGCUACAACAGCAACAACAACUCCUCCAACAACAACAGCAGCAACAACAACAACAGCAGCAGCAACAACAACACAACCAAAACAUGCAGACAAUGAUGUUGGCUCUUCUGAAGUCCAUAGCCGAUACAAGAAAAUAGUGUUUGGAGUGACCGUUUGAUGGAUAUUUUUUUGUCUUUCAAUAUUAAAAAGAGAAGUAUAUAAGCAAAUUUAAGUUAUUUAGUUGCAUCUGCCUGUCAAGAUGAGGCUUAUGAUUUUGUGUAAACUUUACUUACUUGCCAAAUUAAUUUAAAGGAGAAUGAAAUCUUUGGAACAAGAU